UGCGUGAUUGAGAUGAGGCGCUGCGCCGCCAGACAACCGGUGGCGGUGGAGUAUCCAGGCACAGGGGACUCCUACAUGGUGCUUAAAUUGCCCAGGGGCGGCAUGGACGAGGGUGAGGUCUACGGCCAAGUCCCGCCCAAUCAGCAGCCGCCACCUGUCCCAGGAGCAAUCCCAGGCCCGCCAGUACCAGCAAUAGGAGGCAACGUAGCAGGGGCAGGCCUAGGGAGUGCCGUAACUGCCGCCGCUGCCGCAGCAGCUGCUGCAGCGGCAGCAGCAGCAGCAGGGGGACAGGGGCCAGUGGCGCUAGGAGCAGGGGUUGGUUCAGGAGGCGGGUAUGCAGUGGAGGAUCUGCCCAAGACAAUUGCGAGGAACCUGAACCAGGGCUCGUGUGUGAUGACCAUGGACUUCCACCCGUACCAGCCCACACUGCUGCUCGGUACACUUUCCCCUCCAGCCCCUUCCCACCUGCCACGUUUUUUCCAUGUCUGUUUUCUUUCGUCUCCUCCUGCUUCCCAUGGGCAGCAACACGGGGGGACGUGGCGAUAUGGGAGGGUGGGGUCACGAGAGAAGGUGGUGGACCGCCCGUUCAAGCUCUGGGACCCCCAGCAGUGCUCGCCGCAGUUCCAGACGCUAUGGAUGAAGGAUCAGACCAUCGCUGUGAAUCGCGUCAUCUGGGAGCCUAACGGGCAACUCUUUGGAGCGGCGUUCUCAAAGCACAUGGUGCACAUCUACACAUACCAGAACCCAAGCAGCAUGGGACAGCACCUCGAGGUGUGGGAGGCGAGCAGUGGGCGCAAGCUGUACACAUUCGAGGGACAUGAGGCUCCCGUCUACUCCGUGUGCCCGCACCACAAGGAGAACAUUCAGUUCAUAUUCUCGACGGCCAUAGACGGCAAGAUCAAGGCGUGGCUGUACGACCACCUGGGGUCGAGAGUGGACUAUGAUGCCCCGGGCAAGUGGUGCAGCACCAUGGGGUACUCGGCUGAUGGCACGCGCCUCUUCUCCUGUGGCACGAGCAAGGAGGGCGAGACGUCACUGGUGGAGUGGAACGAGAGCGAGGGUGCCAUCAAGCGCAGCUACCUGGGUUUCCGCAAGCGCUCGCUGGGCGUCGUGCAGUUUGACACCACGCGCAAACCGCUUCCUUGUCGCCGUCUGCCUCCCUGUGUCUGCCUCUCUGGCGACGAGUACCUGAUCAAGUUCUGGGACAUGGACAACACUGCCGUGCUCUGCACACUAGAUGCCGAUGGUGGCCUGCCAGUGAGUGCUGCGCGCUUCCACUCCACCAGUGAGUGUGCCUCUCUUGUGAGUGAUGCUCCUUUCUUUGUGAGUCUGCCUCCCUGUGUCUGCCUCUCUGGCGACGAGUAUCUGAUCAAGUUCUGGGACAUGGACAACACUGCCAUGCUCUGCACACUAGAUGCCGAUGGUGGCCUGCCAGCGAGUCCGAGAGUGAGGUUCAACAGGGAGGGUUCUCUCUUGGCGGUGACGGCAGCGGACAACUCGGUGAAGAUCCUUGCCAACGACAUGGGCCUGCGCCUCCUGCGCAACCUCGAAGCCGCUGCUGCCACCGCUGCAGCCGCUGCUGCUGCCGCCGCAGCUGCUGCAGCCGCCCAGAGGCCUGUGGACACCAAGUGCAUCCCCUCUCUCUCCUUCCACCUCUCCACCCGUCCUGCUGCCCUCUUUUCCCUCAGUUCCCUUCCCCACUUAUUGGGGCCCCGUUCCCAUUCCCGAACCCUUUCCCUCCCCCAACCCUCCCUCCACGCCCCUGCUCUGCUCACAGCAGAGGCUGCGGGAAGAUUUAUCUGUAGUUGCUUUAAAAAAAAAUCCCCCUUCUCCUCCCCCAUCCUCCCUCUCCCCCAACCCCCCCUCUCCGCCAACCCCCCCUCCACGCCCCUGCUCUGCUCACAUCAGAGGCUGCAGGAGGACGGGCCAGACAAGAAGGGAUGGAAGCUUACUGAGUUCUCGGAGCCCUCACAGGUCCGGGCCGCCCGCCUGCCGGACAGUCUGCCGCCCAGCAAGGUGCUGCGUUUGAUCUACACCAAUUCAGGUGUGGCACUGCUGGCGCUCUCUGCCAAUGCCGUGCACAAGCUGUGGAAGUGGCAGCGCUCCGACCGCAACACCAAAGGACUGGCCACUGCGAGCUCUGUCCCGCAGCUGUGGCAGCCGGCGAGCGGCAUCAUGAUGACGAACGACAUGGGCGAUGUGAGCUCGGAUGACCGGGAGGGAGCGCACCCGGUGGCGUGCAUAGCGCUGUCCAAGAACGACUCGUAUGUUAUGUCCGCCUCGGGGGGCAAGGUCUCGCUCUUCAACAUGCUCACCUUCAAGGUGAUGACGACGUUCAUGGCGCCGCCCCCAGCAGCCACCUUCCUGGCGUUCCACCCACAGGACAACAACAUAAUCGCCAUCGGCAUGGACGAUGCCACCAUCCAGAUCUACAACGUCCGGCUUGACGAGGACAACAACAUCAUCGCCAUCGGCAUGGACGAUGCAACCAUCCAGAUCUACAAUGUGCGCCUCGACGAGGUGAAGAGCAAGCUGAAGGGGCACAGCAAGCGCAUCACAGGGCUUGCCUUCUCCAACGCCCUCAACAGCCUCGUGUCCUCUGGGGCUGACUCGCAGCACCUGCUCUUAUCUCCUGCCAUCCCACUUUCCUUCUCUUCUCCCCCCUCUACCCUUUUUCCCCUGGGCUCCCUCCUCUUCUUCCCCCCUCUUCCCCUUCCCCAGCUGUUCCUCUGGAGCACAGACGGGUGGGAAAGGCGGAAAUCGCGCCCGCUGGCUCUCCCGUCGCGCUCGUCGCCGACGCAGCAGGCGGACACGCGGGUGCAGUUCCACAACGACCAGCAGCGCCUGCUGGUGGUGCACGAGUCGCAGCUCGCCAUCUACGACGCCGCCAAGCUCGACCGCCUGCGCCAGUGGCUGCCCCGCGACCUCGGCCCGCUCUCCGCGCCCAUCACUGCCGCUGCGUAUUCGUGUGACUCCUCGCUCGUGCUUGCUGCAUUCGCGGAUGCGACUGUGUGUGUGUUUGACGGGGAUAGUCUUCGGCCGCGGUGCCGUGUUGCUCCUUCGGCGUAUGCGCCGUCUGUCGGACCGGGUCUUGUGGUGCCAAUGGUGGUCGCAGCUCACCCGCAAGAUCCUAACCAGUUCGCUUUGGGUCUGAGUGACGGUUCAGUGCAUGUGCUAGAGCCUUCUGAUCCUGAUGGCAAGUGGGGCCCACCCCUGCCUGCUGAAAAUGGUUCUGGGGCGGGUGCUAUGUCGACAGGUGGGGGAAGUGGAGCAACGCUCUCUUCAAUUGUUUCCAGUCAUCCCCGCACCACUCACACCGAUAAAAGCCUUUCAUUCCAGCAGGUUGCUUGUAUGGCUGCUGGUGGGGGAGCCCACGAGGCUCUUUUCGCUCGGUUCUGCGGGCCGGACGAACUAGACAGGUUCGAGGGCGAGGCGCGGGAGAAGGCGAUCGCGCGCAGCCGGCGCAGCAGCUGCCUCCCCGACUACAAGGGGGCGCUCGAUGCGUGCCUGGCGCAGGAGGCGCGGCUGGCGCUGCUGGCGCAACGCCAGCAGGGCGCAAGGCAGCCGCGGGCAGAGAGGCAGGAGCGGGGGGAGAGGCAGGAGCAGGUGGAGGAGGAGGAGCAGCGAGAGGAGGAGACGGAGAAGGAAGCAGAGGUGGAGAAAAGGAGAGAGGCGGGUGCGAGUGGGCAGAGCGCCAAGAAGAGGAGAAAGGCAGGGGAGGUAAAUGUGGCUGACGUGGCACGGCCAGCGGUUGACGUUGCAGAGGUUGGGCUGGAGGCGGGAGCGACAGGAGAGGCAGAAGCCACAGGAGCGGCAGGAGCGGCAGGAGAAGCGGGAGAGGCAGGAGCGGCAGGAGAUGCAGGAGAGUCGCUGAUUGCAGAUAAGAAGGAUGCGGGAGGAGCGAUGACGGAAAUGGAGGGAGAGGGCAUGCACGCGGGUGCUGGGGCGGAGGCGGAGGCAGGGGACACGGAGCAAGAGGAACAUGAGGAGAGAGAACGGCCGGACGGAGUGGCAGAGGGACGCGCGGAGGGACGAGCGGAGGGACCAGCGGGAGGAGAGGCAGAGGGAGGAGCAGAGGGAGAUGCAGAGGAAAGAGCAGGACUCGGGCCCCAGGGAGCAUCGUUAGGGACGGAGAGGAUUGGCCCGGGCGAUGGUGAGGCAGAAGCAGGCGGUGGUGCGGUGGCAGGGAAAACGGCCAAGACAGGUGGUACUUUGAGUUAUGGUAGGAGAGGGGGGAAGAAGGGACGAGGGAAGGAGAGCGGCAGAGGGGUGGAGAGUCGAAACACAGGAGAGGAUGUGGCGGCGAGGGUAGGUGCAGCAGCAGUGGAAACAGGAGCUGCAGCUACGGGUGCAGCACUCGUGGGAAGCAGAGCGACAGCAGGAGUGGUGCCAGAAGCAAGCGGAGAUGUGCUGCUGACUCCUCCAGUUGAGGGGGUGCUCUCGACGCCUCCUGGGUUAGAAGUGCUCUCGACCCCUCCUGGAGGGAGGGAGAGGCGGGCAGCUGCGCAACGGGCUGCUGCUGCGCUGGCUGCCACUUCUGGGGGCAAAGGCAGAGCGGGGAGAGGGGAGGGGAAGAAGGGGGAGAAAGAGGAGAAGGGGGAGAAAGGGGAGAAGGGGGAGAAGGCGGGGGAGGAGGGGGAGAAGGGUAAGGUUGGAGGAGGGACAGGAGAGGCAGGGAAGAUGAACAAGGGAAAGAAGGAAAGGAAGGUGGAAAAGGCGGGGAAGGGGAAACAAAAAGGAAAGGUUGAAGCGGCAAGGGCAGGAAGAGCAGUGACAGGAGCAGCAGAUGAAGAGACGGCUGAUGUGAGAGAAGCAGAGGAAACUGCAGGUGGUGACAGAGUUGCGGCAGUGGAGGAGGAGGAGCAGCAGGGGGAGCAAGAGGGGGAGCAGGAGGGGGAGCAGGAGGGGGAGCAGGAGGGGGAGCAGGGGGAGGAGCAGGAGGAGGGUGAAGUAGAGGAGGUGGGGAGAGCAACAGGAAAGGGGGUUAAGGCGAAGAAGGGCGGGGCUGUGGUGGAGCGCAGGAGCACAAGGGCUCGUAAAAGUGAGGAUGGGGGUAUGGCUGAGAGGGUGAGGAGAGGUGCGAAGGGAGGUAUGAAGGGAGGUAUGAAGGGAGGCGCGAAGGGAGGCGCGAAGGUGAGUGAGCGAAGGGCGAGUUUUUUGAGAGGGAAGGGUGCGAAGGGUGAAGUGGUGGAGAGGGAGAAGGGCAGAAAGGAGCGUGAGAGAAGAGCGAGUGUGGCGAGAGGGAAGGGGGAUGGGAGGAGAGGAAGGGGAAAGGGAGGGAAGAAGGAAGAAGAGGAGGAGGAGGGUGCGGAAGAGGAGGAGGCUGGAGAAGAAAUGGAGGUGGAAGAAGGGGAGGUGGGCGAGGGUGAAUUGGAGGGAGGAGAGGACGACGAGGAGGAACGGGUGGAGGAAAGGGAUAAGGAAAGAGGGGAGAGGCGAGCUGAAGUGGAGGGAGAGGAGGGAGAAGGUGGAGAAGAGGAGGAGGACGAGAGUGUGAGAGAAAAUGGCUCAGAGAAGGAGAGUGAGGAGGAGGAGGAGAGUGAGGAGGAAGAAGAGGAGUAUGUACCCAGCUCACAAAAGGGCAAGAGGCCUCGUGCAGAGGGGGGGGAAGUCAAGCAUAAGCAGCAAUCUGUCGCCGCACCUCGUCCCAAACCUGCUCCCAAACCUCCCAAGGCAGCGCUCAAGGCUCUUGCCAAGCCUCGCGGCCAGGCUCGGUCCACCGCUGCUGCUGCUGCCGCUGCUGCUGGGGCUUUCAUUGUAGAGGGUAGACCCACCGUUGCAGCACCCAAGGGAAGGAAAGCGGAGAAGCGAAGGAAAGGGAAGGAGUUGGAGGGGGAGAGAGAGGCGCAGGCGGAUGGUGGGGAGCAUGGGGUGGAAGGAGAAGAGGAGGGUGUGGGGGCAGGGCGGGAGGAGGGGCAGCGGAAGGGAGCAGGCAAGCAGAGGCAGCAGGCAGGGGCGGAGGUGCCAAGGGUCCAGGCGGGCAGUGCAGAGGACGUGGAGGAAGCAGCGUUCCGGUGGAUGGAGGGGUAUGAGUUCAACCGCACUCAUGCCACAGCCCAGCUGCUCAAGCUGCUCUUCCAGGCGUGUGGGGUGCAGGUGGUGAUGGGAGACGAUGCCAUCAUGUCAGAGGGAGUCGGUGUGGACGACGUCGUGCAAACCCUCGUCGACUCCGCCCGCCAGGUCGCCCUGCUCGACCAUCUGCACCGCACUCCACCGCACCACAGCCACCACCACUCCACUGCCAACGACGGCAAGGGCAGCAAGGGUGGCAGUGGCAAGGGUGGCGAUGGGGCAUCGUUCCGCACGUCAUUGCUGCUGUUCUGGGAUGCGCUGGUGGUGGCGGGGGGGCGGGAAGGUUCUCUCUUUGACUCCCAGCUCCUGCCCACGCUUCUUGACUACCUCGUUGCCCUCUCCUCGUACGUUCCCUCCCCCGUUGCUUUCUGCUUGUGCAUCUCCUCCCUCUGCCUCUUUCUGCGCAUCCCUGGUUUUUGCUGCUCUGCUCUUCGUUUCCGUCUUCGUGUGUAUAACGUCAGCCCGCCGCCCAUUGUGUGUCUCUACCUCUCCUCCUUGUCUCCAGUUCCUCAUUCUCACCUUUGCCCUCCUCCCCUCGCAUAUUCCGCCACGUGGCAACACUCGUGGUGCUGCAGCUCAUUUCGUCCAUCAUCGCUUCCGUGCUCUCCUCGUCCCUCCUCUCCUCAUAUUGCGUCCGCGUCCCCCUCUCUUCCCCUUAUUCCCCCCAGCUCCUCCCCCCGCAUAUUCCGCCACGUGGCAACACUCGUGGCACUGCAGCUCAUCUCCUCCAUCAUCACCGUCGCUUCCGUGCUCUCCGAAUCGCAAUCCACGGCUCAGAGGCAGCUGCAGGCCGCGAUCCGACGGUCGGAAGAGCAGGAGCAGCAGGCGACAAGAGCAGGGGCGGAAAGCCGAGGAACAGGAGUGAGGAGGAGCAAGAGGAAGGGGUCUACUGGGGGAGGUGGGGAAGGACGAGGGGAUGGGGACGCCGGGGAAGCGGCAGGACUGGGGGAUGGGUCUGAGGGGGCAGGUGGGGGAGGUGGAAGCGGAGGGGCGAGCAGGCGGGCAGCGGUGGAGCUGCAAGCGAAGGUGGAUGCGAUUCAUGGGCAGGUGGCCAUGCUGGAAGGGGUCAUGCGGCGAGGGUUCACUGGCAUCAUCACGCAUCGCCAUCGGGACAUCGAUCCGGCCAUCAGAGCAGCGUGUGUGGCGGCGCUGGGCCAGUGGGUGACGCGCUACCCGUCGCUCUUCCUCGAUGAUGUCUUCCUCAAGUACCUCGGCUUCUCGCUCAAUGACAAGGUGGGCGGUGGGUGCUGUGCAAAGCUGGUAAGGUACGUGCGGUGCGGCAGUAGGGUGCUCGCAUGCUCACACCCCUCGCUCUUCCUGGGUGAUGUCUACCUCAAGUACCUCCGCUUCUCGCUCAACGACAAGGUGAGAGCUCUGCAGGAUGAGAGCUCUGUGGCAUCCGUCCGCCUCACGGCCCUGUCAGCGCUCCAGUCGCUCUACGCCAGCGAGGACAAUCUGCCGGCGCUCGGCGUCUUUUCGGAGCGCUUCGUGCCACGUGUGCAGCAGAUGGUGGAUGACGUGGAUGCUGACGUGGCAGUGGCUGCUGUCUCGUUGGUCCAGCUGCUCGCCAGCAACGACACCCUCCCACACAACCGUGCCAUGUCUCUCCUCUCUGAUCUCCUCACGGACGACUGCCUGCCGCUCAGACUCCACUCCUGUCCUCAUCUCCCCAUUCUUCCCUUCCCCCCCCCCCCUUCUCCUUACUCUUUCUCCCCUGCUGUGUUCCCUCCCAGCAACGACACCCUCCCACACAACCGUGCCGUCGCUCUCCUCUCUGAUCGCCUCACGGACGACUGCCUGCCGCUCAGACUCGCCGCCUGCAACGUCCUCUUCCUCCUCCUCCUCGCCUCCUCCCCCAGCCCUGCCUCUCCUGCUGCUGCUGAAGCCGCUGCAUCCGAAGCAGGCCCGAGGAAAGGCAAGGGGGGAGGCAAGAGGGUGGAUGAGAGGGGAGGGAAGGGUGGGGAGGCGGAGGAGGGUGCAGGGAGGCAGGUGGUGGUGGUGGUGCGAAUGCUGCAGACGUGUGGGGAUGCGGUGCAGGCUGGGUACGUGGUGGAUGCGCUGUGGGAGCGAGUACCGGCCCUCAUGGCGUGUCGCUAUGUGAUUGGCUCGCUGCAUGUGAAUGCUACUGCAUGCGAAUGCUCUUUCAUUCCCUUCCAUCCCUCCCAUCAGGACUUGAAGUCAAUUGGGAAGUUGCUACUGCAGUCAGACACCCAAGCCACGCCCCUCUCCCCCUCCUCCCAGCCGCUCUCCCCCACUCCUCCCUCCUCCUCCACCCCCUCGUUCCCCUCAUCGCCUCCUCCUCCCGAAGCCGACACGCCCACCCUCGCCCUCCUCCUCUCCCUCGCUGCUCGCAAGACCGUGGGAUUGCCGAUUGUGCCGCGGAGUGCAGCGGAGGUGAAGAGAAAGGCGCCUGUUGCACUGUCCAAGGCCAAAAAGGAGUGCUGCAAACGUGAAGAGAAAGGGCUUGUUGCUGCAGUGUCCAAGGCCAGGAAGGAGCGCCGGGCAGCAGCGGUGAUGGAGAUGACAGGGGCGCUGCUGAAGGAGCGCCAGGUAGAAGGGGUGACGGAGAUGACAGGGGCGCUGCUGAAGGAUCGGCAAGCAGCAGUGGUGGCGGAGAUGACAGGGGCGCUCGUGAAGGUGCUUCCGCCAAUGAUGAGGCGCCACGUGGCGGAUGAGCGCGUGCUGCUGCGGCUGCUGGAAACAGCAGAGUGUCUUGACGUGGGGUCGCUGGCGCAUAGGCAGCAGCAGGAGGUGGGUGGGGAGAUGAUUGCAUUGACGCGUCUGGAGGUGGGGAACCUUGCAGACCAGCAGCAGCUGGGGGGGGUGAGUGGAGUGGGGAAGGCUGGACUCUACGUGUGUCAGCUUAAGGUGACUUUUGAGUCGACUCAAAAGUCACUUAAGUUGGUGUCAGGUGCUCUGGUGGCAGGGGACUGCAGCCGGCUUUUGCUGUGGUUCUCAAAGGUGUUUUAUUGGCAGAGGACCGCAGCAGGAAAUGAGUGGAUGAAAACCCUUUUUUCUUCCUUACCACACCCACCCAUGCACGCAUGUUUCAACGUUUCCAUGCUCACCCAUGCACGCAUGUUUCAACGCCUCCAUGCUCACCCAUGCACGCAUGUUUCAUGCAGUGUAAAAGGAACCUGUUUCCCGUUGUUCCAAAAAGAAACCCUCCCUCUCUCUCUCUCUCUCUCUCUCUCUCUCUCUCUCUCUCUCUCUCUCUCUCUCUCUCUCUCUCUCUCUCUCUCUCUCUCUCUCUCAAUUUCUGGUUUUGUGGUUACCACCAUCCACCAGCCUCUCCUCGCGAUCCUCUCGGCGGCGCGUGACAGCCUGGCGCGCCACGUCAGCACGGCGGUGAUGGCGGCAGCGACACGUGUGCUACUGCGGUGCAUGUGGCGUGCUCAGGGAGACAUGCGCGAGCAGGCGGAGGAGGCAGUGAGGGGCGCCGUGCGCAGUGUGGUGGUGGGGCGAGUGAGGGAAGAAGCACUCACAGCUCUGGAGGCCACGUCAGGCACCCCUGCAGCUGACGUGGACACCUUUUCUCUCUCGGUGGCUGCUACUCGCCUCGCUGUCUUCCUCCUGCAAGCGGACCCUACCCCCUUCCUCCCCGCCCCCGCUGCUGCCGCUGGUGGCACUGAUUCAGCUGCUGCUGCAGAUGGGAUGCAACCACUGGACCUGUUUGCUCUGCUCCUUCGGUUGCUGGAGAAAUUUCCUCCUUAUAAGCACCCUCAGCUGGCAUCGCCAGUGCUUCGCUCGCUGGUGCUGCUGCUCGUGUGGGGCUUUAAGAAACUCGUCACUGCAGUGGGCAAAAAGGGGACGGCAGGUGAUGGGGCAGACGCGGCAGGGAGAGACGCAGCAGGUGCUGCAGGAGGUGCUGAGGCUGAUAGGGAAUCAGGGGGGGAAAGAGGGCUCAGUGUUGGUGGUGUGAGUGAAGGGGUGGGUGAGCAAGAGGAGGAGGUGAGGGAAAGGCAGGGGCGGCUGAUGGGUGUGCUGGUGAGGCUCAUGGAAGCAGGGGCGAAGGGAAGGAUAGCAGUGAACGGAGGAGGGGAGGAGCAGGGCGAUGAGGAAGCCGCGGAGGAAGAGGGAGGAGGCAGUGGAGUGGAAAGGGAGGGUCAGAGAGAGCAGCAGCAGCGGUGGCGGCAGCUGCAGCAGCUGGCAGUAGAGGUCUUGGAGCAUAUAUCGGACCUGUGGGUUCUCUUCUCGCCUCAUAAGCUCGCUCACUCGCUCCUACACCCACUCUCUGUUACAGUCACACCUGCCAGCGUCAACGCCUACUGGGCGGCAUUCAGUCGUCUGCUUCCCCCUUGCUCAGCAGAGAGGGGACAGAGCACACAGGAGAGGCAGCAAGAGAGGGUGUCGGAAAGAGGGGAAGAGAGAGUGGUGGCGGCAGCAGCCAAGCUGGUGCUGUGCGGUGCUGUGGACCCUGAGCUGCUGGCGCCUGCUGUGCUCUCACGGCUUGUGGUGGUGGGGAGGGGCGAGAAGACAGAUGAUGGGGGUGAGGAGGGGGAGGAGGGGGAGGAUGAGGAGAGGGAGGAGGGGGUGGCACGGCUGUUUUUGUCUCAUCUGCAGCAGAGGAAGAAGCGGGCGGCAAGUGAGGGAGGGAAAUUUGAGCUGUGGCGGAUUUUCCUUCAGGCACUGAAAAUGACCUUUAUUCCCACUCUCCCACUCAUCUCCAACCACUCGCACACAGAGGAUGACGUGGCACCAUCUCAUUCGCCAAGCCCAGCAUCUGUAGGACGCUGUGCCAGCCUGGCAGCCCGGCUGGCAGCUGUAGCAGCCGCCCCGCAGUUCUCUGCGCAGCGAUUGGUCGAGCAGCGGGCGGCAAUUCGGCAGCUGGUGCAGGAAGGGGUGGCAUUCGCCUUUGAGUCGUUGCCCGACCGGCUGGCGUUUCUCGAAUGCGCGCUUCUACCGUUUUCUGCGAAGCUUCUUGGAAAUGACGCCCGAAGCAUUCUCAAUGCAUUAGAGGAGAGGGUGUCAGCCGUGGAUGAAGAUGUGGCUGAUGACGUGGCAUCAUCUGAGCCGUUGAUGGCCUUCACGUCUGUUCUGACGGAGAGAGCAGCGACAGCACCGCCACCUGCAUCUGCUGCAGCUACAGUUAAGGAAAGCGUGGCUGAUGGACCGGCAGGCAGGGCAGCACCUGGUGCUGCAGAUGAUGCUUCAGGUGCUGUGUCAGAUGAGGCAGGAGGUGGAGCAGAAGCAGACAGAGACAUUCACAGGGAGGGCGUUGACGAGGGGAGAGGGGGGGUGGGAGGGAGCGGAGAGGGCAGGAGACGGACACGUCAUGGUGGUGGUGUGGAUGAGACUGCAUCUGCUGUCAAGCGCAAAAAACUCUCCUUCUCUUCUGCUGCUGCUGCUGGUGGUGCUGUUGGUCCUGAUGCUGUUGGCGCUGAUGCUGGUGGUGCUGCUGGGGCUGCUGGCGGUUUGGAAGAGGAGGAAUCUGAAGAAAGUGCUGGGGAGGAAGGUGAGGGAGAGGAAGAGGAGGGAGGGGUGAAUGAGUCAGGGGGAGAAGAGGAAGGGGAGGUUGGAGAGGAAGGGUCAGCGGUGGGGAGGGAGGAUGGUUCAGGGCCAGGGUUGAGUCAGCCAGUAGGAGGCCCCGUGUUGGUGGCUGAGCCACUGGGAGGCGAGAGGAAGUAUGUGAGGAAGAAGAGGAGGGGUUCAGCGGUGGACGGGGGGAAAGAGGAGAGGAGAAUGAAGAGGAGGGAAGAGAGGGGUGGUGAUGGGUCGGAGGAGCGAGCCGAUGUUGGAGGUGGAGAAGGGGGUAGAGAGGUGGAAGGUGGUGGGCAGGAGUGGGAGGCGAUAGGGGAAGAAGUGGACACAGAUACGCAAGGCAGAACUCCUGAUGCGACUCAAGAUGAAACGCAAGUGGAAGAGAGUACCCAAGAUGCCUCUCAAGAUGAAAUGCGGGUGGAAGAGAGUACCCAAGAUGCGACUCAAGAUGAACCGCGAGUGGAGGAGAGCACCCAAGAUGCGACUCAAGACGAAACUCAAGGGGCUGUGCAAGGGAAUGAAGCAGGAGAGGAUGGGAGGGAGAUGGGAGGGAGGAGUGCAGGGGGCACUGAGGAGCAAUUGCCUUCCUCUUUUGAGGCUACAGAGGAGGAGCUUCCUUCCUAA